AUGUCUUCAACUAGAUAUUUCUUAGGUGCAGCUGCUAUACUUGGUGGAGCAUAUUGGUAUGAUCAAAACGUUCAACCUAUUAUACCAAGACAACAACGUGAAGAUAUUAAACAAUUUGAAAAACAUGCUCAAGCAGAUUUAAAAAAAUUCGAAAAGGAAACUGUUCCAAAUCAAUAUCAACAACAUAUUGAAAAACCUUUGAACUCUAUAACCCAACAAAUCAAUGAACAAUCGAAAAAAUUAGAAUCAAAUUUAAAAUCUUCCACUGAUAGUGUGGUUCAACAAGUUAAAGAUUCAAAAUUAUACCAAGAUCUUCAAACUAAACCACAAGAGAUUAGGUCAUCAAUUAAUACUGCCAUAAAGGAUAUUGAAGAUGAUAAGAGUUACUUAGUCAAGACCGUUGAUCACUAUAUUGAUUUGAUUAAUCAUAUUGGUGAAUCUGCCGCUCCAACUCCAACUACUGAUUAUUCCACUGUAUCAAGAAGAGUUGAAAUCAAAGAACCAAAUACUAAUUGGUUUGGAAAUUGGUUUGGAUCCAAAGCUGAAACUGAUUUAGAGAAAACUAAAAGUGAAUUGGAAAAGACCACAAAUUCAUGGUUAAAUUGGGGAUCCGCCAAAUCUGAUGAACUUAAUCAAUCCGUCAAUGAACAGAAGGAUAAGUUCAGUAAACGUUUUAGUCAAGAAAAGGAUAAUGCUAUCAAACAAUAUGACCAAGCUAAACGUGAUUUAGAUGAUCUAAUCGCAUCAUCUGCUCCAAAUGUCAAUGAUCCAAGAUUAAUCAAGGCAAAACAAGACUUAUUAAGUUCUGUUAAUCAUUUAAAAGCUUAUGGUGAUGAUGUUUAUCAAGAGUAUAGUGAUAAAAUCAGUAAGUUUUUCAAAUAG